GCGUUUUCCGCGAGUCGUCCGCUCGCACGACGAGUCGCCUCGACUCCGUCGUCGCUGCUCGCCGUCGCUUCGCUGACACACGAGACGGAUGUUUCGUUUCUUGCUUUUCUUCCCUUUCACGGCUCCUUUCAGCUCGCAUGUUUGGUAAUGUUCAGUUUCAAUACCUGGCAAAUCUGGAAUACAUCGUGAUAGGUGGAACACCAUAGUUUAUGGAAAUCUCAUGGACGGUUCCUGUCGAACUUUGAAAGUAUGAGUAAUUAGAUACGCCUAAGUUUUCAUAGUGGCUCAUUUUCUUAUGAAUGAAGUAAGCAAUAGUAGGAGCAACACUGAUAACGCCAUAUUCAGGACAGUGUAUUUGGUAUAGUUUUAUUUUACAUGUGUUGUUGUUAGUGCAGCAUUUAUGUCGUAUAUAUCAAAUUAUUUUCAGCGAAAUUAUUAUAUUAUUGUUUGAUAGUAUAAAGAAUAAAUAUAUAUCAUUACUAAAGAUAAAGUUAUCUACGUUAAUAUAAUAUAUAAAAACAUGCUAGAUCGUUUUAUAAGUUGCAUGUGAAGCGCUCUGAAGUUAUCUAAAAAUUGGAGAUAAGAAUGACUAGAAUUACUUCUCUAUGUUGUGGAUUUUUUAAUAAUUUAAUUAAUUUCAUUUUUUAAUUUAUUAAUUUUUUAAUAAAUUUCUAAAUACAAAAGAAUUGAAUCCGAUAUCGUCGAGUGAUCGUACGUUUUUCAUUAUACAUGUUACAAAUAUUUUAGCAGCGAAUGAAAAUUCUUAUUCACCCUAGUUGUCAAUCAGCGCUCCUGUUUAAUAGAUUUUCGGCACAUCUUCAGUGCAUCGUACCUUCCGCAUUGCGGAAAGCGUGGCUAUAUACUAACGUGCCAGAUAAUACGCAACGAUUUGCUCGAAACGUACGACAAUAUCGUAACAACAAUCUGAGCAACUGAUAAUUAUCUGAUCGCAACCCCCCUGAUAUUUCACACGUAUACAUAUCACAAAAAAAUUAAUUAAAAGAUUAAUCAAAGUAACCACAGACGUGCGCGCGCGCAAAACGAUCGCAAGGAUUGAGCCUUCGUCGUUAAGCCUGCGAUACACAGGAAAAAGUAACGUGCGCAGACACAACGUGUAACACAAGUAACAAUGAUCCGAGAUAACUUGUCCCGUGGCGAACUGACGCGUGUCGCGUGGAGGAGCACGGUAUGGCGGUUGACAUCUUGGACGAGGAUCACCUCGCCGUGAGCGCGAUCGUGACCGUCGGCAUGCAGCUGAUCUUCUUCGCGAUCGCGGCCACCUUCCAGAUGGACAAGCUCACCGACUUUGCCGGCGGCACCAACUUCAUCAUCCUCGCCCUCCUCACUUUCUUUCUCGGUCAAGUGGGCAAGACGUACGACAGUCGUCAAGUUAUGGUGACCAUAUUUGUGUGCUUAUGGGGCGUACGACUCUCCGGAUACCUCUUGUACCGAAUUAUCAAAAUAGGCCGCGACAAGAGAUUCGACGAUCGGCGCAGCAACGUCAUCCGUUUCGCCGUCUUCUGGACAUUUCAGGCUGUGUGGGUGUACGUUGUCAGUCUACCUGUGAUAAUAAUCAAUUCUCCACGCCACAAAAUACCGCCCGCUCCGAAAACGAUGACGACCCUCGACAGUGCGGGCACCGGUCUCUUCUUGAUUGGCUUGCUAGCCGAGACUUACGCCGAUCUCCAAAAGUUCGCUUUUAAGCAGGAUCCAGUGAACAAUGGAAAAUGGUGUAACGACGGACUCUGGCGGCUGUCCCGUCAUCCGAACUAUUUCGGCGAGAUCGUUGUCUGGUGGGGAAUUUUCAUAAUAUCUUUAAACGUGAUCGAGGGAGCGGAGUGGGUGGCUAUCGCCUCUCCAAUAUUCACGACGCUCAUUAUUCUAUUCCUGUCGGGGAUGCCGUUAUUGGAAAAGGCAUCCGACGAGAGAUAUCGGGACAACGCCGAGUACCGCUACUACAAGCAAUCCACGUCGCCGCUGAUACCGAUACCGCCGUCUAUCUACGUGGAGGUGCCGCGCUUCCUCAAGUUCAUCCUGUGCUGUGAGUUUCCCUUGUACGACUCCCUGGACGUGAAACCGCGAGCGGCCGUCACCGAGUCGACGUCCAUUAGUCUGGCCGCGUCCACGUAGCUGUAGCCACACGCCGGACGAACGAAUUCCGAGUCCGGCGUGCAGUCGACGGCCGCAGCAACGACCAGUACAGCCUUCUGAACGCCUCCUUACCUCUCAAUCGCGCGAAUGCCCCACGUUGAUUAAUUCGCAAAUAUUCAAUUUCAACUCAACCGAUGCGAUUUCCUCUUUAAAAACGCGAUGUCGGCAUCACGAGAGAUCCAGUUCUCGAUCGAGCAAGUUUUCUGGCACGUGGGCGUGAUUUGAAGCGAGUUCUUCCUCAAGGUGGGAAAAGGCUUAAAAAAGUAUUAUUAUUUUUGUAAUUAAAAAUGUAUAUUCUUCCUGGCAUUAAGCACAACUAUAUAUCGGCGGCUUUUUGUAUAGGAUCGAUUAAUGAACGAAAAAAAAGAAAAUUAUUUUUAUAGCGAUAUUGUAUGGAAGUACCAAUGUAAAAAAGUAAGUUUGUUGACCAAUUCGAGCAUUGUUUCUAUACAAUGAGUCAUUGAUAGCGAUUUAAUUAGCGAUUAGACGGCAAUUCUAUUUCUAUACGUAUUUAAAUGUUUUUUUUCUUUCAUCUACGAAAUCGAAUGGGAGAGAUGAAUAUAUAAUCUGAAUAUCUAAGAUAACGUUCAGAUUUAAAAAAAAAUUCGUGUUAAAGUGUUACUAUAUAACUUGAUGGUCAACCGCUGCACGCGUUUUAAAUUGCAUGAACAAACGAUACGCUAUAUUAUCGUACAAAUAGUUUCUGAUGAAAUAAUUUAGGCGAUUAUUCUCCAUGUUUGUUGUUAAAUAAGAGAAAGAACGUGUACCUUAAAUAUUGCAGAAACUAAAUUUAAAUAUUCAAAUACCGUACCGUUGGCUCGUUCUUAAUGUUAAUUUCUAAAAGACGAUCUGCAGUAGUUAGCGUUUGAUACUGCGGAUUUGUCAAAGUAAAGUAAUUGGCAGGUACGUAAACAGACAUUGUAGAAAAAAAAGGAAGUGUACACAGUAUUUUCAUUCUUGCAGUGAGUUACGGAAUAAGCAAUAUCGUCGCGGAGAACUUGUGGCAUAAAAUUGUCAUUCACAUGUGUUGUAAUCGGUUCCGUUAGUACACGUAGAAAGCUUACGAAGAAAUUUUAGAAGCAAGAGAAAUGUGAUGCGUCUCGUUUUCCUUUCGAUAGAUUGGCUCAUUGGUCAAAUCAUUGAUACCCAUGAUAGACACAGGAUCAUAGGACAAUUAAGAGACAAGGUAUUUCAGUUUAGCUGUGUUAAAAUAAUAGCAAACGAAAUCAAAUCGCAGUACAUGAUAGUGCCGCAAUAUAACGUUGAUUGCAGAUACGCAUGCGAAAAUCGAGAAACUACCGUCUUAUUAGUGUUCUGUUACUAUUUAGAGCCAAAUUCUUCGACGUUCGUUAACUUUAAUCGUAUAAUUAGUUGUCUUUUAGGUAUAAAGUGUCAACUAGUUGACAUGACUUUCCUGUAAAAAUUCUAAACAACGGAUUUGCCCGACUAUUGUCGUUACGACUCUUGUCAUUGGAAUUUCAAUUAUAUUAUUGGAUUGUAGCAAUAUUAAACAUAUCUCUGUGCCGAAUAAACAUCCUUAGGAUAUCCGAGAAAAA